UCAGAUCUUUGGUUUGUUUUCGAGCCCAGUGAUCAAGUAAAGGUAUCUUCACAACACUGAAACAAACGUGGAGAUGAAAGCCCUCGCAGUUCUACUGUUUCUCUUCGUUGCUCUUUGUUUCACAGCCAGCGCAUCAGCUUUGCCAAGUGGUUCUAAACGACAUCCCCGCGGUGUACUGGAAAACAUCGAAAAUGCGUUUGGCAACCCAUGCCCCAGUGGUUGGACACGUUUUAAUUACUACUGUUAUCUGGUUAGCACCUCCACUAAGUCUUGGUCUCAGGCUCAGGUACAGUGCCGCUCGCUUAGCGCAGAUCUGGUGAAAAUUAACAGUGCUGAAGAAAAGGAGUUUGUCUUGAGCCUCGUUAGAAAAUUGGCUCCGUCUCUGAAGCAAAUCUGGAUUGGGCUGAAGUGGAAUACAAACGGAUUUUACUGGACCGAUCUUUCAGUUCCUGUUUACAAGAGUUGGGCCCCUCAGCACCCGAAUGGCAACGCAAACGAACCAUGCGUUCAAAUGUGGAUCAAUAAUGGACAACAUCUGCCCAAGUACGCAUCAGGCUACUGGAAUGAUAUAGAUUGUCACUACCGGUCUGAUUUCCCUAACGGAAUUGUCUGCAAGAAACUGCCAUAGAUGACAAUUGACCUCAGGCAACGAAGUCUUUAGACUGAUUGGCUGACAGGCUGACUGGCUGUGUAAAUGAGUGACUGAGCAUGGGUGACUGACUGACUAUUCAUGACCGACUGACUGAUUGACCUACUGACCGGCCG